AUGCAACAAUUACAACGGAGGCUUCUCUCGGUGGCGGCGAGGGACAGAAAUCUGAAACCGAAGCGAUCAUUAGAUAUAGCCAUAAACAAGGGAUCGUAUGGGAUAACGAUAGAAGAACUUGAUGCUCUCACAAGUAAAAGAGAUAUUUCGGAAUUGGAAUAUACCUAUGGAGGAGUUCAAAAUAUUGCAAAAUCUCUCGGAACAGAUAUUGAUCAAGGGAUUAAUAGUCUGCAAGUGGAAGAACGAAGAAUUUAUUUUGGAAAACAUUUAAGCUCUCCAAGAAGAACAAAUUCGUGGUUUAAAUUAUUUAUUGAUUGUUUUAGAGAGCCAUUCAUGACUACUUUCUUUAUUUUGGCUAUUUUGUCGAUACUUUUUGGAGUAAGCCUUCCUGAAGAUCAGUCAAAACGAAAAAAAGGCUGGAUUGAAGGUGUCUCCCUGUUAUUUGGAUGUCUAUUUGUUUGUUUGGCAAAUAGUUUUAAUGAAUGGCAAAAGAAAAGAAAAUGGAAUGAAAUUUACACGAAACAAGAUAGCGAAUACAGAGUGAAUAUAAUACGAGAUGGAAAACUUUGUUCCCUUUUAAUGGAAGAUAGUGUUGUGGGAGACAUCAUUCAAAUUGAGCCAGGCGAUUUUAUUACAUGUGAUGGAAUUAUCAUUGAGUGUUAUAAUUUAAUUUGUGACGAAAAUUUGUAUUUUGGACAGCAAGAAAUGACUCUCAAAGAUGUGAAGCGAAAUCCAUUUAUCACAUCAGGGACAUUUGUGACAAAUGGAUAUGGAAAAAUGCUCGUGACAAAUGUUGGAGUUCAUUCCAAAUACUUUGAGCUUGGUUUAAACACGGCAAACGAAGAGGAGGAGGGAAAUGAUUCUGCAUUGGAAAAUCGAUUAGCCAAAAUUGCAAAUAAUAUUUGGAAAAUAUCACUUGGAUUUUCAAUUGGAACAUUUCUUGUUCUAUUUGGAGGUUGGAUGAUUUUCAAACUUGUCUCAACAAAUUCUGAUUCCUGGGAUCAAUCUGAUCUGAUUACUUUUUUGAAAAUUUUCACCCUUUGCUUUUCUGUGUUAUUUGUAUGCACUCCAGAAGGAAUCUACAAAAUUAUUACCACAUCACUUGCCUACUCUGUACGACGAACAAUUAAGGAUAAUAUACUAUGCAGCUUUCAUCAAACACCAGAUGUUUGCGAAAGACUCGGUUACACGUCUCAAUUAAUUGUUGACAAGUCUGUCCUCACACAGAAAAAAAUGGACGUUGUGAAAGUGAUAAUUGCUGGAGAGACCAUUGAAAUGAAUGGAGAGAAUCAAAUUGAUGAAACACUUUUGCAAAUACUUUCAAGUGCAAUUGCUGUCGAUUCGAGAGCAACUCUCAAAUAUUCAGAAACACUUGAAAAUUACGAAGGAAUUGGAGAUCACCUCGACUGCUCACUUUUACUCUUUUUACAACAAGAAGGAGUUGACUAUGCACCCAUUCGUAAUUACUAUCUCAAAGAGUACAAAAUUGUUAAAAUGUUCCCAAUCGAGAAGGGUAAAAUGACCACUAUUGUCAACGAUGGUAAAUCUUACAUUAUUUUUACAAAAGGAGACUACGAAAGUAUUAUUCAGUCUUCUUCAGGUGAGCUACUGAAAGAAGGAAUUGUGUCUCCAUUGGAUUCUACAAAAAAGAGUGAACUAUUAGACAGAAUGCACCAUUAUUCAUCUGAAGGGUAUAUCGUCAUUGCAUUAGCAUAUCGAGAAAUUGAAAUUGAUUGUUCAGAUUGGACCUCUCUUUCUCCAGAAUACGAAGAAGAUUUUGUGAUUAUUUCCUUUAUCAUUUUAAUUGAUCCUAUUAAGCCAGGAAUUCAGGAGAGCAUUGCAGAGUUGCACAAAGCAGGUAUCAGUGUCAAGCUCGUCACCAGUGACAAUAUUCACAUUGCAAGAAAAAUAGCCACCGAAUGUGGCAUCGUAGGAUCCAACACGUGUUGUGACGACGACACUGAAGGUUUAAUGAUGGAAGGUCCUUCAUUAAGGCAUUUAACCCAAGAAGAUGUGACAAAAAUUUCGAAAAAUUUACGUGUCCUUGCCAAAGCGGAUCCCUAUGACAAGCUCCGACUCAUCACCUCUUUACAACGAAGAGACGAAUUUGUCACACUUUUUGCCUCUUCCUACAAGGAUUUGACUGCCAUUCAAUGUGCCAAUGUUGGAGCAGUUCAAGGAAUAAGUGGUUCUCAUUCUGCAAAAGCAAAUUCAGAUCUACUCAUUACUGAUGAUAAUCUCUCAUCGUUGGUGAGAGCCAUUGCAUGGGGCAGAGCAUUGUUUUACAAUAUUCAGAAAUAUCUCGUCUUUCAUAUGACCAUUAAUAUUGUGGUGAUGAUUUUUACAGCUGCAACUUCACUCACUUCCUACCUUUUGACACCCACACAACUACCUCCCUUCAAUCCAGUUCAACUGUUCUGGGUUCACAUUAUUAUGGACAUUUUUGCUGCCUUGUCAUUGGCCUCGGAUCCACCACCAAGUGAAAUAAUGUCGCAACUUCCCACGAAACCAAAACAUAGUAUUGUCACCAAGAAUAUGAAACUUCACAUUAUUGGACAAAUUAUUUAUCAAUUUGUUGCUUUGUUGGUGUUACACUUUGCUGGUCGAUACAUGUGUAUUCAUGACCAACAAGCGAACAAGAUUUGUCUGUGUGAUCCAAUGCCUCCUUCUCCGAAUCAAAGCAAUAGUAAUAUUACUACCAUUAGCAUUACACAAGUGAGUGACACCAUUGUAUUCAAUGCUUUUGUAUUUUGUCAAAUAUUCAAUCAAUUCAAUUGCAGAAGAAUUAAUAAUGAGUGGAAUCUGUUUAAAAGUAUUCACAAAUCACUCAUGUUUGUGGGUCUUUUCGCACUCACUGUGAGCUUUCAAGUAUUGUUGGUACAAGUUGGACUUGCAAGUUUAGUACCCUUGACAUGGUAUCAAUGGUUGGUGAGUGUUAGCGUUGGCAUGUUGUGCAUUCCUGUUGGAUAUCUAUUGAGAUUCCUCAGCAAAAACAUUCUAAGCAGUAACAAAUUUAAAAGAGGAAUGAACAAAAUUAGAAAUCGUGUGAUAGGAAUUCAUCACUAG